CAGUUUACAGUUGGCGUGCGGUGCCUGAAGAGUCGCUCACUCAACGUUUGUUCCGGCCCGAGCACUUUGCGUGACUUCAGUCUCGUCAGUUUUCGUUUCUCGGCUGUUUGUCAACAGCAGUGUUCCAAACUUCAGUAGAAACUCUAAUCAACAACAGUCCCUCUUCCGAGAGAGAGAGAAUCCUCUUGUUUAGUGCGGCAAUUUUUUUACCAUUUUUUUUACUUCGAGUGGUCGGCAUUGGCCUCUGUAAUCAUCAAUUCCCUUUUCCUUUUGUAUACUGGGGACUGUGAGAAGGAUUCCGUUUUGUCAAAACCAAGACUUAUGGAGGAAAGGUGCUCCUUCGGUUGAAGAGAGAUGGUCAAAUAUAUCCGGGUCGUGAUCAGCCGAGCUGCCGAAAAAGUGAAACCAUAAAUGCGAUCCUCCGCAGCCUGGACUGAAUUUGGCCGUGACAUAGCCUACGGACUACGGAACAUAAACACGAUCGUCAUCCGGCACUUGCUGAGACCUCGCUCUCGGAAUGAAGAUCGGAAAGGCCUCGCUCCGACCGAACGACGAAUGAUCGUGUGUAGUGAAGAGUGAAUGAAAAUAAGAAAGAGAGCAUUUCGAAUCCCUCGGGAAGAGCAACACAUCGUCGAUCUAAGAAAGAACGUCGCCCGUCGUCGUUGAUUGGUGUCGAGCAGGUUUUUUUUCGUGUCGUCGUCAGUCAUCUUCCAGAAGUCGGCUACUCGUGAAGCGUGGUGCUUAUGCGUUAGGUUAAGCGUGCGCGUGCGUAAUUCUACAAGUGGUGAGGCGUACAAGUGUUUGGAGUUAAACGCGUGGUACUUUUGAACCCGCAGAUUUCAACCGAGAGCUCUAAGAGUUGAUCCGUGCAACACGUUUCUGUUUAACGCUUUCCAGUUAAUUUGAUUCACACCGUUUUAAGAUCUGCGCGUUAAACGCCUCAAGAGUGUGUGUACGUGUACGUGGUGUUUCACCUCCAAGAGGGUUCCAAGUUUCGUGAGUCGACCUAGCACGGGUUCGUACGUUCAGGCGCAAGAAGUGCGCGGGGGUGUUUCUGCUGCCAGUCAACAGGCCAGACCAGAAGUUCCAGAAGAUAAAGCGAUUUUCACAAAAACCUGUUUUUGGUAGCGGUGAUCGUGUCUUGCGUGUGUAUGUGUGAGUGUAUUUCUACACGUAUAGGCGCGCGCUUGGCCCAAAAGGAAGGAGCUUGAACCACUAUCCAGAGGUCUUGUUGUCAGUUUAGUAAAGUCGCUGAAGACUUGCGCGGCCCAUCGGAACGUUCCGAAGUGAGUGUAUUAAAUACGCCUCGAAAUUCAUUCACGCUACCAGGAAAAGUUGUCCAAAACCGGGGGGACAAUUACAUGUGAUGACCGUAUCCGGUAGUCCGGCUUGAAAGUUGCCAAUUAUUAUUGUUAUUAGUAUUGAUGCUGACAGCCCCAAAAAUUCCCUUUCGAGGGAUCCAACUGUCUACGCGCGAAUAACCGGAGGGGCCAGCGAAAGUGAGAAGAGUUAUCGCCGAAGAAGGUCAUCAGAUUGAAACAAGUUUUGGUUGGAAAUUGGCCUACUGCCAGUAGUUUUGAUUACAGUGUUAAAGGUUGUUGUAAACAAGUGAAGUGCAAACUGUGUGUCAGUCACUCGGAGAAAAAAAUCCCUUACCUCUUUACACGUAAAAUUUCUCGAGUGACACUUGGUUUUUUUUUUGUUCAAUAAAAGCAUAUCGCAAGUGAAAAGUGAGCUUGGAGUGGGAGCUGAUGUUGGAGCACGGCCAUUAAAUGAUUCCGUGCGUGAGUCUCACCGAAACCAGUGUCCUUGGGAAUAUGAAAGAGCGCGUUAAAGAGAUGCGCGUCUUCGGCUGUCGACUCAACUUCUGGAACAAUGUUACCGCUAAUUUUAGCAAUAAAGGUAACGGAAGUUCACCUGCCCAAAACUCAUCCCGAAGCAUCAGCCCGAACACGCAGCAGCAGACGACGGUGCUGCCAAACGGAGGAUCCCACCUGCAGGCGUCUUCUGGUCAUCUCGUCAUCUCCGGGUCCGGAUCGGAUCGAACGUCUUCCUCCCAUCAUCACAGUUCCCCAUCGUCCCUUUCCUUGGGACACAUUCCGCAGUCAGCGACGACGAUCGUUGGCGGACAGACAAUUGGGGGCAGCACCGUGGUAACAGUCGGAGGAGGAGGAGGAGGAGGAAGUACAGGAGUUGUGGUUGGGCAGCAACAGCAGGGCAGUCAUUCACCAACAUCCGGACAGUUACAGCUCCAGGCCAACGGUUCCCAACCAUCGUCCCAUUCACCGUCGCUGCAGCACCAGCAGCUCCAGCAUCAGCAGUCGUCCCAGUCACAUCACCUGAACAGCAGUUCCAGCAGUUUAGGCAACAUUACGCCUACUUUUGCCCAACCCCAGUCCCCCAGCCACUCUUUCAAAACGGCGUCCAUAAACGGUGCGGGUCAUCAUACGAACGGAGGCGAGCUAAAUAUGCCCGGUGGUCCGACAGCAGCGCCCGGAACACCGAAUUCAAAGGCCAAGGAUGUCUCUCCGCGGGUCAAGAUAGUGGUAGCACUUUACCCGUUUAAGGCGAUCGAGAGCGGCGAUCUGUCGCUGGAAAAGAACGCCGAGUACGAGGUGAUCGACGACAGCCAGGAACACUGGUGGAGGGUCAAAGACCAGCAUGGCACCAUCGGCUACAUUCCGAGCAACUACGUCAAGGAGAAGGAACUGCUCGGGCUGCAAAAGUACGACUGGUACGUGGGAGACAUGUCCCGGCAGCGGGCGGAAUCCUUGCUGAAACAGAACGACAAGGAAGGCUGCUUCGUCGUCCGCAAAUCGUCCACCAAGGGCCUGUACACACUAUCGCUACAUACCAAAGUACCCCAAUCGCACGUGAAGCACUAUCACAUCAAGCAGAACGCCCGCAGUGAAUUUUACCUUUCGGAGAAGCACUGCUGCGAGACGAUACCGGAUCUGAUCAACUACCACAGGCACAACUCCGGCGGGUUGGCCUGCCGACUGAAGACAUCGCCCUGUGAUCGACCGGUGCCGCCGACGGCCGGACUCUCGCACGACAAAUGGGAAAUCCAUCCGUCAGAGUUGAUGAUCCUCGAAGAGCUCGGCUCCGGUCAGUUCGGGGUGGUCCGGCGGGCCAAAUGGCGCGGCUCCAUCGACACCGCCGUCAAGAUGAUGAAGGUCGGCACCAUGUCCGAGGACGAUUUCAUCGAGGAAGCGAAAGUGAUGACAAAACUUCAACAUCCCAAUCUGGUGCAACUGUACGGUGUCUGUUCCAAGCAUCGACCCAUCUACAUCAUCACCGAGUACAUGAAGCACGGUUCCCUGCUCAACUACCUUCGGAGGCACGAGCAGUCGCUGAUCGGAAACAUGGGACUGCUGCUCGAUAUGUGCAUACAGGUUUGUAAAGGAAUGUCCUACUUGGAGCGGCACAACUACAUCCACCGGGAUCUGGCGGCACGAAACUGCCUCGUUGGUUCGGAGAACACCGUCAAGGUGGCCGACUUUGGACUCGCUCGGUACGUCCUGGACGAUCAGUACACCAGCUCCGGUGGAACCAAGUUCCCGAUCAAGUGGGCCCCGCCGGAAGUGCUCAACUACACCCGUUUCUCCUCCAAGAGUGACGUUUGGGCCUAUGGCGUUUUGAUGUGGGAAAUCUUCACUUGCGGCAAGAUGCCCUACGGUCGGCUAAAGAACACCGAAGUGGUGGAACGAGUGCAGCGAGGAAUCAUUCUAGAAAAACCCAAAGCAUGUGCAAAGGAAAUUUACGAUGUGAUGAAAAAAUGCUGGUCGCAUGGUCCCGAAGACAGACCCGGUUUCCGAAUACUCAAAGAUCAACUGGCGGUUGUCGCCCAAGGACUUACCGAUUAGAAAGACAUCUACGUCACCUUGGGAAGUCCGGAAUAAGGAUGUCGUUUCCUUGUAGGAGACGUUAAACCUUUUCCAAUGCCGUGUCGAAAUAAUCUCAAUCACACAAGCACCCAGCCAGAAGACACCCUUCAACAUGAAGAAAUAGAAAAAAAAACUAUCAUCCACACAGUUAGACUAUUCGAAAUUUAAAAACUUACUCAUCCAUACCCGCUCCGAUAGAUGAAAAACCUACGGUGGGGACACAACAUAUUCGUAUAAAUGAUAUACACAAAGCAUUACCCUAUAUUCAAAAUAUACCAAUUUUAUCCUAGUGCUAGAAGAAUUCGUUUUCGUUCCAAACCGGGCAAAACUUGGAAUCAAAGUAUCUCUAUCUGUUACAAGUAUCCUAAACUUAAAGAAUCAUCAACACAGUAUAUCAUCGAUCACAGCUGGGCCCUGAAGAAAGCUGAAGAAACCAAGCGUAGGUGUUUUUUUUUAUACCUUAUCGAUGGUACAUCGUAAGCAGAAAACCGUUUGUAGUAGACUUGUGCUACCGGAAUUUCGUAUAGGUACAGAUAUUUCAGAAGAAAGCGCACACUUUUAACCAUAUCCUUAUCCGACGGUCACUAUCAAAAACACUACAGUUUAGGGAGAAGUUUGAGUCAAAACCUUACCAGAAAACUGAACUUUAAAGUGGCUCCAGAGACAACAAAAGUUAAGCCCGUCAUGGGUGUUGUCCUUUUUUCUUGGUGCUGACCUGAAGGUAAAUAUUAAACAAUCGACUCCUCAAAACCUACCAGUACUUCUCAGUUUCUUUGUUUCUGCAUUUAAAUACGAAACACUAUUCCAAUGAAUCAACAACCAACUUCCAGUUCCAGAUUCAUUCUAGUUCUCAUAGGAUGAAUUGACUAAAAACUUCCAUUUUUUCAGCUGUGUCAAGCAGCGUUAGGACACGUAUUGUUUUUUUUCCCUAUAAAAUAUUUCCAGUUUAUAGUUUAUUAAUCGUAAGUAGGAUUCAGAGCGUGAAAAAAUAACUAUUGGAAAGCAGCUCCACAAGGUAACAUUAAAGUAAGUGACGUGAAGUCUGAAGGGACCGAGCAAGAAAAGCAUAAGUGAUAUUUUUAUCUUUAGUGUUUACGACAAAAUUUCUUAGUUUCCGCAAAGAGAUGUUUUAUUUCUCUCGGUUUCCUCUCCAUUGAGAAGUUUCUGUCGCCGUUUCGAUUUGGGGUUACCAAACACAGAAAGUUAUUUAAAAAAAUUGAGAACAGGAAUUGAAGUAUAGAAAUGAAAACCGGAAUCUAAUCAGUAUAAAACAUCUGACCUCACUUUUGAAUUUAUUGGGGCAAUUAAUUUGGACUUAAACUAAUUCUUCGCGAGUCAGGAAGUUUGGUAGCUCCAUCUUCAAUGAACAGGAUCAGUCAUUUCCCACACAAAGUAACAAUUUCCCCCAAGCUUCCAGUACCGUUUAUUUCUUACUUUAUGCAGUAACUCAAAGUCAUUUAGUUUUCUAAGUAAGCAUUUUUAUUGUCUUAUGUGAGUUUUUUUUUUUUUUCGUUCAUACCAAGUAUCGAUUUGUAAAUAGUAUAGUAAUUUCGUAGAGAGUCAUUUUUGUUUCCGAAGGUACGAAAAAAAUUUCCGUGAUACAAUAAAAGAAUGGAAACAUGCGAAAGCGAUUAAGCGGAUCUUUCAUUCUUGAGCAAAGCCGGAAAGAUAGUUAGCAAUAGUUAUCGAACUCGAGCUCCUUUCCAAACCAUACGAAUAUUUAACUUAAACACAAAUACUAUUCGAAUAACGACAACAACAACAACAAAAAAAGCAUAACAACAAGAGAACUCAACAAAUGCCAUUUUUAUAUUAUUGGAAUAUAGAACUUUAAUGUUUAUUAACAGUAAUUAGAAAACUAUAGAAGGAUAGGAGAUAUGAAAAACACGCAAAAAUCGCCUCGGAUUCAAAUUUAAGCCAACAUUCGUACAGGAUUUGAUUGAGAUCAGGCCAAACGAGAACCAUCCUAGAAAAAUAGAACGUGAAUCUAACUGGCCGUGAGACGCAGGAUUCGCAGAAAAUAUUAAAUUUUUCUAAGAAAGCGAAAAUCUUCACAUUCUCAAAACAAAAAAAAAACUAACCCGAAGAAAGAAGGCAAACUAAUAAUCGUGAUGCAAUGUCGAAUACCUUUUUCGAAAUAUAUAUACACUUAUUUUUACUUGUGAAAGUUGAUUGUAACUAAACACAGAGUAGGGCGAGAAGAGAGGGAAACCCGUGUGUUGCCAACCCAUUUUUGCGGGAAUCUGUUUCCACUUGCUGGCUGACGCCCGCCGUGGGUUGUUGGCUGUUCUCGACACCCAUGUCAAAAAGAGCAUUUUUUGCGAGCAAAUAAUUGAACCUUGAUGAAGCCGAUAUCAAAAUACUAUUUCGACGGAGCUUGUUACACGUAGGUAAACCUUAGGAGAGUAGAUGAAAGAUGACGAGA